UGCGUCGUCGGUAACACACGUGUGUUUGCCUACCUCGGUGAUUGUGCACAUCCCAUAGUUACGUUCCAGUUUAAUAUAUUACAUAUUAUCCAAGUAAAAUAGAAACAAUUAAUUUUAUAACGUGAGCGUUUUAAUGCAACAUAAAUUAAAUCCGAUCAAUCGCUACGGGUAUCAUGAUUCGCGAGUGCUUUUAACUUAACCUCGAAAUAUUUAAAACUCGGAGGCGUAAGAGGCGAAAACAUUCGUAUAUUUGUUUCGUAAAUAUGUAAUUUACUUAACACCGACUAAUAAUAAUAAUAAUAGUAAUAGUUAUAACGACGACAACGAGAUGUAUCCCGCGAAUCACAAAACGGUAUUCGUGCUGGAUCAUACGCCUUAUUUUGGAAUUUCCACCGAGUGUCCGUUGGAGUUCGACUUUUUGAAAGGCAGAGGCCAGAAUCUGAUACCGUUAGCGCCAAUUUGCAAAUCACUAUGGACCACCAGUGUCGAGGCUUCCUUGGAGUAUUGCCGUAUCGUAUGGGAUCUCUUUCCCAAUGGCAAAUUGAUCAGGUUUGUGGUAACAGACCGUGCUGCUUAUGUGUUGAACUCGUGGAGCCCAUCGCAACAAAAUUUGAAUCAUAUAAUGAAUGGUACUGCAAUCCUGGGAGUACCGACGAAAGUUCCGGAGCCCGGAGAGGACUAUUCGGUGGUACAUGGCCUACGAGUGGCGAUCGGGACUCUGACUGAGUGUUCCGAAAUACAACACGAGAAAAGGACCUCUUUAAAUGAGAACGCGAAUAAUCUAGUAAACAGGGGCCGAGUGAUAUGCAUCACAAGUGCACGCGACGACAGCAAUAUGAAAAGCUUGGAAAACAUAUUCCUGAAUGAAUUGGCACAGGAGAACAAGACUGCGUUAGCUUCGGAUCGUUUAGUACCCAUCGAUUAUUGUCACUUGGUUAUACUAAAUAUAUUUCCCAGCAACAUCGAGCCACAAGUCACUAGCCAAGGUCCUCGAGAGGUCUCACCAUUACUGACAGUGGAAGUGCAUUCGAUCAAAGCUUCGGCGCUUUAUUCCAAAUUGUCGCAUCUCAUCCUGUCCCAUUAUGACCUGGCCAGUACCACAGUAACUGGCAUACCUAUGAAGGAAGAGCAGAAUGCCAGUUCAUCCGCGAACUACGAUGUCGAGAUAUUCCAUUCUUCUGCCGCGCACGCUGUUAUAUUAAGAGGAAAUCCGCAAGAUUCGGCGUUGGUGAAGACUUUCAGACGUUUCGAGGAAGGCUCGGAGUACGAGACCGUGACACUCAAGUGGUGCACGCCGCGCGGCUGCAGCGCAUCGGAAAUGCAAAAUUGCACGGCGAUGCACCGGAUCACACCGGUCGACGUCAACAGCAGACCGUCCUCGUGUCUGAUCAAUUUCCUACUAAACGGCCGGUCGGUGAUGCUGGAAAUGGCCAGGAAGACCGGCGGGAAGACCAUCUCUCACUUGCUGGCAGCACACGGUGGCGAAAUCUUUAUUCAUACUUUGUCCACCGCUAGGAGUGUGCUCGAAGAUCCACCUUCGAUAAGUGAAGGCUGCGGCGGCCGUGUGACCGAUUACCGAAUAACCGACUUUGGGAAUCUUAUGCGAAGUAACAUGUUAGUGCCGCUGAAGCGAGCUUCCAACGACAGUACCGAUGGCCCGGUGGAGAAGAUGAGAUCCAGACUGGAACGUCACACGAAGUACUGGCCCAUCGCUAUCUCCGGUACUCUCAUGUUUAACGUAAAGCAGGUGAUCGAUCCGCUGCCGGAGCUCAUGGUGAAGGAAAAGCUCACCGCGGAGGAGGUGCUGCAGUGCAAGCAAGUGCUGUUCAGUUUGCUCCAACUGGAAGCGAAACACGAGCCGUUACCAUUGCCGAGCAUCGGCGGAGGCCGCGGUGGCAAAGGCGUGAGGAAAGAAGAGCAUUACCGCGUGCUGUGGGAAGAGCUGGAGACUUUUCUGAGGCACCACGCCAACAACUCGGCCGCGCACAUCGAAGUACUCGACUGUCUGCUGGACAUUAGAAGCAAAGAUGACAAGAACAAAGUGGAGUUGGAUCAAGCCCUGCGGGAACUCGACGGUUUUGGAAAGGAAGACGGAACCACGGGACGGGUGAACGUGAUCAGAGCGACGACGGACUCGCCGAUGUCCCCGCCGACGAGCGCGUCGAUGCCGCUGAAGCAGUCGCACAAAGGUAAGAGCCUGCUGGACAUCCUGCUGGAGCGUAGCAUACCGAAAAACCCGAGAAUGGAGUUCUACGGCAGACUCAACAGCGACGGUCCGAAAGCGAAGCUGUAUCGCAAUCUGAAGGAGACCGGAAGGGAACCCAGGGAGCCGAUUAUCGAGGGUUGAUUCUCCCCCGACCGGGAAAUAACCCUAAUGGCCUCCGGCCCAUAAAUGCCGGACACAGGAUGACGAUAUGUGACGUACCGCAUUGUAAAUACAACCGGUUUUCUACCUCGACGGUACUCGAGGAUUUGUCGAACCGGAACUGUUAAUUAAAUUCAUUGUAUAUAAAACACACUCGCCCAAUUAGUGUUUACAUCGAACGACGAACAUCCCGCGACGCGGCCAACACAUACGAUCGGUUACAAAAAGACUGCAACACUUUUUUUUGGUAAAUUUUCGAACGCAUCCCGUGUCCAACAGAAUUUAUUUUUAAAUGAUUCUCAGGAAAUACGUUUUCCUAUUUGACACAAGAUGCGUUGCAAAACUUGUCGGGGAAAAAGUGCCGCAACUUUUUUGUGACUGACCAUACGUUCCCACUUUUCUCACUCGAUUAGCGUAACAUACUUUUAUCUUCAACAGUUGACUCGUUCGGUUGAUUAUCUCCCACUUUUUAUGACAGAAUUAUAGAUACAAGAAUGUAUGAUAAUGUUUCCCCGAAUUGGACGCAAGUUUCGCGAUGAGGGAUACAAAUGUGCCGUAAAUUUGCGAGAUCACGCAAUCUUUCGGAUUCGAUAGGAAAGAGAAAUUUCGGGACUCAACUGGGACGUGAAUUGGAUUUGGUUACGGUCCGAAGAUGCGAGAUCCGGGGGUACGAUUGUCCGAUUGAUCAGCGCCGGUGGGCCGUCUCGGCUUCGUGUGAAGACGCACCUGCGCGAGAAUAUAGACGGGAUGAAGGCAUAAUGAAAGUAGUGUACCGUUCUUACCAUCUCCUCGCCUCGCCUCGCCCGCCUUUCCUCGCCACUCCGCUGUUUUACGGCCGACACGUCUGCCGAGUGUCUGGUACGUCGGCCACUAUAUGAAACCCAUAGUUCACUUUGGCGCCUUGCCCUCCCUUCCCGUGCUAAUCGAUGGAUGGAUGGAAGGACGCUCAAACCGAGUGGAGGGAGGAGGAGAGGAGACCGUAUUACGUGUAAGUCAGUGUGACGCGUGCAUGAUCUCAACUUCAAGCAGAGAGAGGGUUCUGGGAUGAUUUUCACUGAACUCUGAUUGGGCUGAUCGAUGAAUGAUAAUACAAAUUGUCAACGCCAGUUUGCAGUCCCGCAACUUAUUUAACGAUCAAUCAAAAAGCUACUAGCGAUUUGUUUGUGCCAGCGAGACAGAGCAGGUAAACACUUGAGACUGACAGCGAUUUUGGAUCGUCGAUUUAAUCAUUUCAAAUCGUCGAGCUUAAUCGGAAUUCGGAGCGAAAGUCACCUUUAGGGAGAAAGAAACGAUCACGAAGCCUGUGAUGUGAACCCAGGGGUGAGAAAGUUCACAAAAGUUCACGAAAGUCGCGCGUAAAAGGGCGACGUUAAAAUUGAAAUCAACACUCAAGCAUUCCGGAUCGAAAGUUCCAAAGGAUUCUUCGUAUGAGAGAUGAAGAGUCAUUGUCGCCGUUCGCUCGACACUGGCGAAGUCAACGACUCUACUCGCUCGAGUACUUGCUCGAGGAUUGCUCGGGAUGCCUCAAAGCUCCCGAAUCCGCCCGCGAUCUGCUGCUCCGGCAAGAGGUCGACGAGAGAGAAAAAGAGGCGAGAGCCUCGAGAGAGAAUCAGCCGUCGAUGAAAUCGGUCUAUUUCGAGAGCGGAGUCAUUACUUAUGCCGCAUCUACUUACGCUCGUAUAAUGCAAGCAGCUAAAAGAGAAACGGACGGAGAGGUGACGAGGAAGCGCGAGAGGGUUACAAGAGAUGGAGGAGGAAGCGGAGGAGGAGGAAGAGGAGGAGAAAGAGGAGGAGGGUUGCGGAAGGGGAUCAGUGAGUACAAGUGCAUGACGUAACGGUUCAUUCAUCCCGAGACAGGCGAUAGAGGAUAUCUCGGUCAAUGGUAUACUUAUGCAUGUAAACGCCGCGCAUACGUACGCGCCAGCCCGCGCACGCGUGUGUGCGUGCGGAUACGCGUCAGUCUGUAUCUGUGUACGUGUGGCGUGCAUGUCUGCUGUCGCGCCGCUUUCCUCUUAUUUUCUUUUUUCG